AUGCAGAGGAGGUGUCAGAGUGCAGAUUUCAAGCGGAGUCGAAUCCCUCCCAUCCCUUGUGCAUCUUAUAGCUUGACGUCCGUUACUCUCUCGAAGCCGGGGGACAUUUUAAGUUCAUUUUCCUUUCAGGCAUACCAGGCUGCUCAACUGCACGGCUGCAUUCUCACUUUUCACCCCCCCUCCCGCCGCAACUCUUUCAAUUAAACAGCGUAAUUUUCUAAGAUGACUUGGACGGUGAACAGCUGUUAUGUUACCCUGGCCAUUCUGUUGCUUUGGCGAGUGGAAGAAAUCGCAGAAGCCUGCAGCUGCUCCCCAGUGCAUCCUCAGCAGGCGUUUUGCAGCGCAGACGUCGUUAUCAGGGCGAAGGUAGUUGGACAGCACGAAGUUGACGUUGGCAACAACAUCUAUGGAAACCCUAUCAAACAGAUCAAGUAUGACGUCAAACAGAUCAAGAUGUUCAAAGGUCCUAGCCAGGCUAUCGAUGCCAUCUACACUGCUUCCUCCUCUUCAGUGUGUGGAGUGACUCUGGAGACUAACGGCAAAGAGUAUCUUAUCAUAGGCAGACUGGAGACUGACGGGAAGAUGCACGUCACAAUGUGCCACUUCAGUAAGCCCUGGGAUGCCCUGAGUGACACCCAGAAGAAGAGCCUGACAAAUCGCUACGAAAUGGGCUGUGAUUGCAAGAUCACUCACUGCAACGUCAUCCCGUGCAUGAUCAGCAGCCCAGCGGAGUGCCUGUGGAUGGACUGGGUGAUUGAGGGGACAGUCGACGGAAACCAGGCCAAACACUUUGCUUGUAUCAAGAGGAGUGAUGACUCAUGUGCCUGGUACAGGGGAGCUGCGCCGCCCAAAAAGGAUUUCCUGGACAUCGAAGACCCUUAACUCCACCACUGUGCAAUGGUCUGAGGAGGUCUACAGUUGAGAUGUACUAAAUAUAAGAUAUAAAUACCAAAAACAGAAAUAAAUACACAAGUCAAAUUGUUAUUUUGUUUUCUUCUCAUUAAGAAAGCUGCAGGGUAUGUGUGCUCCGUGGUGAGGUUGGGAAGAAAAAUGGAAUUGUUAUGUGUUUUAGUUGCAGAACUCAUUAUGUUUUUAUUCAUCAGCCUUACGAAUUCAGCAAUUUCUGAUGCUUCUACCCCAAAAUUCAAAGAACUUCCUCAUAAACCACUUCUCCCUUAGCUGAAAUAAAGGGAUAAUCAUCACAAAUCAGAGUUACUCUUCACAGUAUGUUUGUUUCUGUGGAAGUAAAUUCUGAAACACAUGCAUACCUAAAACUCAAAGUGUAAAAAUUCUGUGAAUCUGUGUGUUGGUAAAUAACAUUAGCUGGCAAUUGGCAUCCUGAUUCGUGACAGCAGAGCUACCACAAGGAAUUAAUGCCACCUCUUGCCUGUCCUGCUUCGUAUUCUUUCUUGUGCUGAGUAUGCAAAUCUUUUCGCUUCUGUUUUCUUUUCUUUUUUUUAAACGUGUGGAAAACCUGUUUAGAGUAAAAGAGUGUCAUGUUACGGUAAUGAUCACAUUUUCAGAUGACAGCCUGUGCACACAAUCAGUGCUUAGGUAAUUGUUUUCUUUAAAUAAUCCUGAAUAGACAAGAAUGCACUUUGAACACAAAGAUCACAGCAGUCAUACUGUCUCUAAUGAAAAAUGUCUGAAAAAGAGGAUUGAAUCCUCCACUUUGUAUUUUGUAUUUUUUUAUAUUACAGCUCUUCUCUUUAUAAUGCUUUAGUAAGUGUAAGAGCACAUUUUAUUUAAGGAGGUUAUAUGAUUCAUGAUAAUCUAUUGAAAAAAAAAAAAAAAACGCCCUCAUUUUGAUACUUUUUAUGAGAAAU